AGUAUAAAAAUAUUAAUGCUAAGUAACUAAAAUUUUAAUAAAACAUAAUUUAUCUAGGAAAAUUUGUGUUAAAAAAAUAAAGAUUCCCUAUCUAAUGUAUCCAUUAUGUAUAACACGGUGAUUUUUUACGUUGGCCACACAUAAAGAAAAUUCUGGCAAACAAAAAUAAGAAACAGGAUUUGUAGGUUAGGUAAUAUUUAGUAUCUAUUUCGGUAGGUUUCAUGAAAACGUCAAAAAAAAUUUAAAAUGCAGAUAUUUUCAAAAAGAAUUAUAGCACAAAUAUUAUGUUCGCCGUGUAGAAGGGUAACCGUAGACAAAAGAUUUCUCAGAAAUUCAUCUACGAAUAAAUUAUUAAAAGGUACUUUUAGAAUAGGACUUACAGGUAUAACGGUAGGCGCUUUACUCGGAACUGGAUAUUCUAUACAUUAUUAUAACAAACCACGUGCUCACAUUUUAAAUGAAGAAAUUACGAUUCCUACAGUAAAAGAAAUACCGGACAUCAAACCCACCAGAGUUAUAAAAAAUUACCAAGAUCGUAGUGGCUUAGAAUUAACACUGUAUCAGUAUCAAACUUGUCCAUUUUGUUGCAAAGUAAGAGCUUUCUUAGAUUACUACGGUAUAUCUUAUAACGUUAUUGAAGUUGAUCCUGUAUUACGACAAGCUAUUAAAUGGUCACCUUAUCGUAAAGUACCGAUUUUAGUAGCCAAAGUAGACGAUGGAUUUCAACCUUUAAAUGAUAGUACUAUGAUUAUAUCUGCUUUGGCUUCUUACUUAUUUGAUAAUAACAAUAAGAAUUUGCCAGAAAUAGUUAAAUGUUUCCCACUGAUUAGUUAUGUAGAUGAUGAUGGUAUUAAAAAGAAUGAAAUUAUGAAUAGGUACUUCCUCAUGCUGAAUAAUGUGAAAUAUCAAACCGCAGAAGAAAUAAACAGCGAGGAAAGGAAAUGGAGAAAAUGGGCAGACAAUGUACUGGUACAUACGUUAUCCCCCAACGUAUACAGGACAAAAGAUGAAGCUUUACAAGCUUUCAACUGGUUUUCAGAAGUGGGUGAAUGGGAAGCGAAUUUUCCCAUAUGGGAACGUUACCUCAUGAUUUACGUUGGAGCGUCUGCGAUGUGGUUGAUAGGAAAGAAGUUGAAAAAGAGACACAACCUUAAAGAUGACGUUAGACAAUCGCUGUAUGAUGAAUGUAAUUAUUGGUUGAGAGCGGUCAAAUCCAAAGGCGGACAGUUUAUGGGUGGAUCGCGACCGAAUUUAGCAGAUUUAGCCGUAUACGGAGUUUUGAGUAGCAUAGAAGGGUGUCUAGCUUUUAAAGAUUUGCUGGAAAAUACAAAAAUUGGCGGGUGGUACUACAAUAUGAAAAGGAAUAUUGCUCAACACGAGGGGGCUACAAUGAUAUAAAAUUCGAAAAAUCUGAAAAAUUUUUUAAUAUUAUUAGUAUUUACUUGGAUCGUUUAUGAAAUUUUAAUGAAAAUGUUGUAAAUAAAUGAUUAGUUUUGA